CUGGGUUCAUUCUGUAUUCUCGACAGAACUAUAUUAAGCAGUAUGCAAAUUGAGAUUAUGUAAUCGCGGAUGUGAGCCUCUGCGGUAUCAAUACGCAAAGUAGUGCAAAUACCUGGUCAGACUUAACAUCAUUACAGGUGAACAUUCCAAGAAGAAGGGAAGUGUGUUUAUAACAUGUCUGUUCAUAAAUCAGUUUAUUUUAGAAGAAUACUGAUAUGUGUUGCAGUAACGACAGUUAUAUGGAUUUUUUUCCUCCUGUACUUAAAGGAUACCGAGAAAUGGUUAACUCCAGCAGUGUUCCCGUGUCCAAAAGAAGAAUACGAUUUUGAUGAACGCCGGACCUUGUCAAUGAAAGCUUUAGAACGAUUGGACACAUAUAUGAACUUCACCGACUUCAUAUCGUUAGUGAAUAUCACUACAUCAAUGGUAAGUAUAAGGAACAAUAAAUCUGACGUCAUAAUCGGAGAUGACAUUAAAGUCGACAUUGUGUUGUACAACGGAAGAGGAGAGCGGUCAACACAGGGAGGUGACAUGCUCAGGGUGUGGCUCCGAGAACCUUCCCUUAAUGCUUCCGUUUCCGGUUAUGUGGUUGACCAUGAUGACGGCUCCUACACGGGGAUUGUCAAAGCUAUGUGGGCCGGCAGUCCAGAGUUGAUGUUUUCUAUUGGAAAUACAAAGGAACAUGUCGGAAUUUAUAUGAAUCUCGCACAUAAAUACGGGUUGAUAACGUUCUUAAAAGCAGGAUUUGAAAAACAAACCGUGAGAGAAUCAACGUUAUGCAGCGUUGUACCAAAUAUUCCUAAUGUGACAGAAUACUGCAACUUUACAUCCCAGAACUAUAACUUCUCGUUUUUCUGUGGUAAACCAAACACAUUGGGUUGUGCAGACUGGAUUUGGUAUGAGCGAACCUCUACUCAUCCUAGCAAUGCGAAGCAAGACUAUUUAUUUUUAAAUAACAAGUAUUUCAAGAAACGUGUUGGAAAGCUGAUUGUAUUAGCUGGUUCUGGAGCCACAGGAGAAUCAAAUGUCUCCUGCAAUGACGUCAGCAGUGCCAUUACAUGGCAGACAACCAACCCGACUGGAUACUUCUACAAAGGCAAUUGGCGAUCAAUGAUCUGUAAACCCACACUCUCAUGGAAGUAUGAAUCUUACGCCAAAUGUCUCAAGAACCGUCCGGUACUCAUGACAGGCGAUUCUACCACAAGAAACUGGUACUCACCUUUAACAGCACUGUUAAGGUUACGCGUAUUCGUUGGGCUCCAUGAAGUAAAGGAUAAAGCAUGGCAGAAAUUUGCUGAAGCAAGAAAUAUAAAGGAAUCAUUAUUGAUGUAUUGGACCCCACACGAAAUCCCGUUCUACAGUUAUCAACAAAACAAGCACAACUUCCGAUCUGUAGCCUCGAGAAUAGACGAUUUGCCCGAAAACAAAAGUGCCAUAGUUAUAUUACAUUGGUUCGGCCAUAUGACAAGAACAACUCCACAGCAUUUCAGGAAGCAUAUAACGAGUGCUAAAGACGCCAUAGUGCGACUUCUGAGAAGGUCGCCCCAUUCUAGCAUUCUCAUAAAGGGUCCUCACUCUUACACAUAUAGGAUUUUUCUUGAACCAUUUGAUUACAUCAGCAGAAUCUACGGACAGAUACUAUACGAAGAAUUCAGAGAUUUACAAGACAAAGUGUAUUACAUUGAUCAAUGGGAUGCAACAGUAGGAAACGAAAAUAUCGACAUACACCCAAACGUGUCCUUUAAUCCACUUAUGGUCAAUUUCGUAUUUUCAUUCAUUUGUAGGUGAUGGGUAUUAUCAUAGGUGUCAACCAAACGUUCAGGACAAUAACUGAUGUCAUUUUAAUUAAUACAGAAACAAAUGUAUGUUAUAUUGACUGAUAAAAGAACAUGUCUAACUUCUCUAAAAAUAUGACAAACGCUUAAAGAUACACUUGAUCAAAGAUAUCAAAGACAAAAAUUAAAUGAUAUGUUGUGAUGUCUUAAGAAUGUGUUAUUUCACAUUCCGAUAUAUUUCUGACAUUUUUGUCUACAGGAUGUCAGUAAUAAUCACCUUGCUUCAAUAUUAUGACAUUGGCACUUACCUACAGUAGGACAUUCAUGGCUAACUCAAUGGCAUUUACAUUCACUAAGACAUUCUGACUAACUCACGACUAAAAUCAUACGAAUUUUCCAGCAGAAGGACUUUCAUGGCUAAAUCACUACCAACCACAAUAACAUUUACCUACAGUAGGACUUAACUCACUAGUAACAUCAAUGAUAUUUACCCACAGUAGGACAUUCAUGGUUAACUCACUACCAAACUCAAUGACAUUUACCCACAGUAGGACAUUCAUGGUUAACUUACUACCAAACUCAAUGACAUUUACCCACAGUAGGACAUCCAUGGUUAGCUCACUACCACACUCAAUGACAUUUACCAACAGUAGGACAUUCAUGGUUAGCUCACUACCAAACUCAAUGACAUUUACCCACAGUAGGACAUCCAUGGUUAGCUCACUACCAAACUCAAUGAAUUUACCCACAGUAGGACAUUCAUGGUUAACUCACUACCAAACACAAUGAUAUUUACCAACAGUAGGACAUUCAUGGUUAACUCACUAGUAACAUCAAUGACAUUUACCUACAGAAGAAUAUUCGUGGCUUACUCUCUACCAAACUCAAUGGCCUUUUAAUCAAAAUAGAAAAAGUAUUGGCUAACAAACCACCAAUAUCAAAGGCAGUUACCUUCAGAAAGACAUUCUAAGUGACUCACUACCAAACCUAACAGCAUUUACCUUCAGUGAAACAUUCUGACUAUAACUAACUAUCAAUCUCCAUGGCAUUUAUCUACAGAUAUACAUCCUGGCUAAUUAACUAUCAAUCUCCAUGGUAUUUAUCUACAGAUAUACAUACUGGCUAACUAACUAUCAAUCUCAAUGUCAUUUAUCUACAGAUAUACAUUCUGGCUAACUAACUAUCAAUAUCAAUGGCAUGUAUCUACAGAUAUACAUUCUGGCUAACUAACUAUCAAUCUCAAUGUCAUUUAUCUACAGAUAUACAUUCGGGCUAACUAAUUAGCAAUCUCAAUGGCAUUUAUCUACAUAUAUACAUUCUGGCUAACUAACUAUCAAUCUCAAUGGCAUGUAUCUACAGAUAUACAUUCUGGCUAACUUACUAUCAAUAUCAAUGUCAUUUAUCUACAGAUAUACAUUCUGGCUAACUAACUAUCAAUAUCAAUGGCAUGUAUCUACAGAUAUACAUUCUGGCUAACUAACUAUCAAUCUCAAUGUCAUUUAUCUACAGAUAUACAUUCGGGCUAACUAAUUAGCAAUCUCAAUGGCAUUUAUCUACAUAUAUACAUUCUGGCUAACUAACUAUCAAUCUCAAUGGCAUGUAUCUACAGAUAUACAUUCUGGCUAACUUACUAUCAAUAUCAAUGUCAUUUAUCUACAGAUAUACAUUCUGGCUAACUAACUAUCAAUAUCAAUGGCAUGUAUCUACAGAUAUACAUUCUGGCUAACUAACUAUCAAUCUCAAUGUCAUUUAUCUACAGAUAUACAUUCGGGCUAACUAAUUAGCAAUCUCAAUGGCAUUUAUCUACAUAUAUACAUUCUGGCUAACUAACUAUCAAUCUCAAUGGCAUGUAUCUACAGAUAUACAUUCUGGCUAACUUACUAU